AUGAUGAAAAAUAAAAAGGCAAUUUGUUGUAUAACAAAAUAUGGACCAUUAUCAAAUUUCAUUUUCUUAUUACUUCUGUUAAUAUCCAUUUCACAAGAAACUUUUGGAAGAAGAAGACGAUGUCAAGAUGAGACUAUGACAGAAGGGCAAAUAGUACAAAAAGUUUUAUCAAAUUAUACAAAAAUGUUACCUGAAGCUGAGGAUGCAGUAAUAGUUAAUGUUGAAUUACAUAUUCAAGAUAUGGGUUCAUUAAAUGAAUUGACAUCGGAUUUUGAGAUUGAUAUUCUUUUUACACAAUUAUGGGAGGAUAGUAGUUUAAGUUUUACAAAUUAUUCUAAUUGCCUUGGUAAUAUAACAAUGGAACAUAAAUAUUUGAGUUCAAUAUGGACACCAAAUACAUGUUUAGUUAAUAGUAAAAAAACUGCCGUUCAUUCAUCACCAACAGAAAAUAUAAUGUUUAUUUUAUAUGAUAAUGGUACAGUAUGGAUUAAUCAUAGACUUUCUGUUAAAGCUCCAUGUAGUUUUGAAUUAAGAAGUUUUCCUUUUGACUGCCAAUCAUGUACAUUAUCAUUUGAAUCAUAUUCACAUAAUAAUGCUGAAGUAAGUUUAAAUUGGAUGCAAGAUGCUAUAACAUUAUUACGAUCAAAUCAAUUACCUGAUUUUGAUAUGGUAAAUUUUAAAACAUAUAAACAUGUAGUAGAAUAUCCAAAUGGAUUAUGGGAUCAAUUAAAAGUUAGAUUUUUUUUUAAACGUCGUUAUGGUUUUUAUAUUCUCCAAGCAUAUGUCCCAACAUACCUUACAAUAAUAGUUAGUUGGGUUAGUUUUUGUAUGGAACCUAAAGCCCUUCCAGCACGAACAACUGUUGGGAUUAGUUCUUUAUUAGCAUUGACAUUUCAAUUUGGUAAUAUUCUUAAGAAUCUUCCUAGGGCUAGUUAUGUUAAGGCAAUUGAUGUAUGGAUGUUAGGAUGUAUAACAUUUGUCUUUAGUUCAAUGAUUGAAUUAGCAUUGGUAUGUUAUAUAACAAGAUGCCAAAGUUCGAGUAAUAAAAAAGAAAGAAAAGAAAAAUAUAAUAAUUUAACUUGUGAUAGAUAUAAAUAUAGUUGUGAUAGAAGAAAAGAUGGUGGAUAUGAAAGUGCAAUAGAUAAUUUACCUGGUAGUAUUAGAUAUAGAUGUUCUACAUCUCAUCUAAAUGGACAAAAUGGAUAUGGUAAUGGUAAUUUAUCAGGAGAUGAUAUAAAAAAUGAAAAUUUAUAUGCUAUUUCAAGAACUAAAUCUGGAAGAACAAGUUUUUUAACAGCUCAUGAAGGUUGUUGUUGUAAAGAUACUGAACAUCGACAAUCUUUAUCCUAUCCAAUAGUUGGAAGUAAUGAUGGAAGACAUUAUAUUCGCAAUGAUUCUCCAACAAAAGCUUUACUAAAUACUAAUGAAUAUUAUACUUUACGUAAAGAUUCACCAUCAUUACUUCAACGUCUUCCUUGUGAAGAGGGUGAAAAUCUUUCAUUUCGUUAUCCACUUCAACAAGGGAUAAAUAACAAUAGUACUAAAAAUUAUGGGUCUAGAAGAAAAAAAAGAAUUAGAUGUCGUAUAGAUAGGAUAGAACCUGAAAGUAUAGACAAACUUUCUAUAGUAUGCUUUCCUUUAGCAUUUACACUCUUUAAUUUAAUUUAUUGGUGGCAUUACUUGGGUAGAAAUAUUGAUGAAAAUCUGGCAAAUGAAUAA